UUUCAAGGUUCUGCAGCUGUGUGAGUCGUCUGCCGAUUCGCUCUCCAAGUGUCUCGCCGUCUUCCACCUCCUGUCUCCGCCUCUCGCCCCUGCAAGUCGACCUUCGUACCUGUCUCCCUCUCCACUCGAAGUCUCUUCUCGCUUCGGAAUGUAGUCGCGUCGUCCUUCCUCUCUGUCAGGACGCCGCCGGCACAGGCGUCUUCUCCCUUCGUCUCUCGCUCUCACUCGUUUGUCUCGCGGCCUCUCCGUGCUCUCUCAGCGAAGCGAAUCAGGCCCUGCUCUGUCGACGAUGAGCAGAGCGGCGGUCUGAGUCUCCUCCUUCGUCUGUCGCUCGUUCGCCUUUGUGCCUCGCGCUAUGAGUCCUCCGUCUCCGUCGCGCGCGGCGGCCUCGUCUGUCAGCUCGGUUCGCACUUCAGUCUCUGCGCGCCCCGCAGAGGAGAAGGCGGGAGGGUCGGCAGGUCCGCCGAGCGCUGCCAAACAGUCCGCCUCUUCUCCCUCCUCGCCUUCUGCGCUCUCGAGUCGCGUGCAGACUUGGGCGCCGAGCGGGAAGGGCGGUGCCAAGGUUUCCCUCUCCGCGACCGCCGCCUCUGCUGUCUCCUCCCUCCCGCCGCCGCAGCGCCAGCUCCGGACCCGACAUGUCGACGCCACCAAGCGCCUCUUUGUCAUCCGCAAAUACGAGGACUUGGAGCAGCUCGCGGAGGAAGAAGGAGUGCGAAUCGACCCUGUGCAGCUGGGUUUCCUCUCGCCGACGGAGUUCGUGGAAGAAGAUGUCGCCGCCCUCGGCGCUGCGCACCGCGCGCCCGGCGUGGGCGGAGCGGCGAAGAAGCGAAAGCAAAAGAUGAUCGUUGUGCCUCCGAUAAAAAUCGAAGAGUCUCACGACGCGGACCUCCCUGACUUCGUUCGCCCUGACCAUUACAUCCGCUUCGACCAACACCGAGACCAACCUACGGGCCUUCGGCUGCCCGACGGAUCUCUCGUGCACUACGACAUGUUGAAGGAAGACGAGCUGUUCGUGGAAGAGUUGAAUCGACGUGUGGCGCUCUUCGCGCCGCCUGCGCUUCGCUCCUCGCUCGACCUCUUCACUCUCGGCGACUCGGAGACGCCCGCGGAGGCUGACAUGGCCAAGAGUGCCGAGGUUCGGCUUACAGUCGGAGACGAGGCGGUGAAGAACGAACGCGGUGCCUCGCAGGGGUCUUCUGGGGAGGCUGGCGCAAGUUCCGAGGGUCGACCGGGGCGGCUCUUCGAGGCCGGAGGGGGGCGAACGAAGCGACGCCGCGAAGAUGAAGACGGCGAGAAGCUUGCAGAGACGAACGAGCUGAAAGGCGAGCUUUUCCUUUCUGAAAUAGCCUUUGUCAAGAUGGUCGACGCAUUUGAAAAGGAGGUCCACGCCAAGGGCGGAAACGAGCACUCUCUCACGCAAAAGGACGCCGUCCGCAUCGCCAGAGAAGACCUGAAGCUCAAAAUCCACCCUGUUCUCGUCAAACAAGUUCUCAUGUACUGGCUGGAGAAGAGACAGAAACUCGGAAAACCGCUUCUCCGUCACUUUUGGCCUCCGUGCUCGCCCUCAGAUGUCUCCCCGUUGGCUGUCUUCCGACCUCGACAAGUAGGUCGGGAGAAGAUGACUUUGAGGAAGCAGAAGCGAGUUGGAAAAGACACGCUGCUGAGGGCGGAGCGUCUUCUUGAGGACAUCAAAGUCGUUGAACGCCUUCUUCGCCGCAUGCGCAGUCGCGACGAAAAGAAGGAGCAACUGUUGGAGGUCCAGUUCAUGGCUUUCGACCAGAUGCGUUUCGAGAUUUCCGAUCCGCUCUACCACCACCCGCUGUGGGAUGCGUUCCGCGAGCGGCUGACUUCCAAGGGCGAGAAGAGUCGCCGACAUGCGGCGAGCGAAAAGAGAAACCAAGCGUCGAGAGCGUGCAGAGAAGAGGCUGCUGCGCGUCUCCGCGCUUCUGCCGACACACACCAGCCGACAGCUCCGGUGUCUGUCUCAUCUUCCUCUUUUCCCUCCGCUUCUGCCGUUUCGUCCUCUUCUUCGGCGCGAAGAAAAGAUCGCUCGAGCUCCGUCGCGGGAGGACUCGACCAGGGAAGCGCUGUGGGGUCGGGCGAAAAAGAAGAGCGGGGGCGCGGUGGUGUCUCCGGAGACAGGCGUGUCGAAGAGACGGGGCGGAAGGAGGCGGAAGCUGCGCCGGAGACGGACGCCCGCAAGGCUCGACAGGACGGCGACAGGAGCGCCUCAGAGGCGGAGAGGAAGAAGAGGGAGCUGGAAGAAGACGAGUGUGCCAUGCGCGAAGGCGCGCAACAAGUCGACGAAAUCCUCGGAGACGGGUCGCCGCCGUGGGUUACGUGGAGCAGAGGGAACCGUCACUUACGGCCGUGUUUCUUUCCGCCUGCCUCGACCUUUGCGUACUUGUCUUCUCUCUCUUCCGCAACUUCGCCGCUGCCGCCUUCUCUCGUUCCCCCGCCCCCGGCCUUCUUGAACGACAGCUCCGCCCUCGCACUCCCCUCUUGUCGCAUCGUGCGGCGCAGAGGCCGAGGCGGGCGUCUCUGGCUCGACCGUUUGCUGUGUCGCCCCCACCACUCUGCGUCUCUGUCCGAAAACGCGUUUGUGCCUUCCUCGCGCUUCGCCUCGCGUCUUCCGCAGUCUUCGCUGCGCCAGACACGGGCGCUCUUUGCGGGAGAUGGCGCGAGCGGUACGAAGGACCCCGGGUGUCCGUACACCGCGAGCGGCCCCAAGGGCUCGCGGCGGGACGAGGAGGCGGAGCAGAGGGAACCGACCGACUCGGCGGCGCACGCGAACGCGGGGAAUUUCCGGUCGAGCGAGAGCACCUCUGCGGGCCGCCGCGAAGACGGCUCUUCGGGUGUCUCGACACCUCAGUCGUCGGGGGUGGGCGACGCCAUGGACGAGAAGCGCGUCUCGAACGGACUAGACGAGGCGCCGGUGUCGAAGGACGCACAGAGAGUCAAGGAAGAGGGCGGCUCAGCUGUCGCGGCCCGGGAGGAGAACGCUUCUGCGAAUAAGAGAGAGAGCAAAAAGGCGAAUGCGCAGGCGCCGCCGCUGUCGCAGAGUCACGCAAACGCCUGGAAACGAGACGCUCAAAUGCAGAAAGGCUUUCCUGCCUGGCCCCGCCAGCACGGGCUGUACGUACAGUCGGUUCGCGACGACAAAGCCGUCGGAACCGACCGCUAUUCGCCUCCCUUCGCGACGGCCGACGGAGUCGACGCUCCCGAAAACACAGGAGGUCUCCACGUCUUCUCGCUGCAUCGUCACCUGGCUCAGCAGGAGCAGUUGGCCUCCGCGGCUGCUUCCUUCGCGGCCUCGUCGACUCUCGCACCCCGGCGAUCUCCGGACGGCUGGCGCCACCUUGCGCCUCCUGGGGCUCCAGGUCUCGCCUCGCCGCGGCGCACGGCUUUUGGUCUUCGGGGCCAGGAGGGCCUGGCCUGUCGCGUGAUGCACCAAGGCGUCCCGGUCUUUGGAGGGUUCGGCGGCCAACCGGGCGCUGGCCUCUCGAUCGCGCUGUCUCCGUACGGCCACCCUGGGUCUCUUGGAGCUCCAGGCCGGCUGCCUCUCGCGGGUCCGCUGGGCGACGCAGGCGGCGUCGGCCCGGGAGCCUUCGGCCUCCCGCACACCCUGGCGGCUGGCGCUCCGGGGGCGCAGGCCCAGGCGUUCUUUCCGCCGGGGACGGGGCCUGGCUGCUUCCCGACCUCGGGGCAUCCCUUCGCCUUCGCUCCCUCUGGGCCUGCCGGUCCGCUCGCCCAGCCGGCGACUCUAGCGGCGCAGUUCGCCUCUCGUGGGGGACCGGGCCUGGAGUUCUCAGGCGGGUACGGGCUUCCGGGCGCUGGAAACGCCGCGCCUCUGAGUGCUUCUCUCUUCGCGACUUCUUGUGCUCAACCUUCCUUCUACUACAACCCAGCAACGGGUGUCUCCCUUGUCUCCUCCUACGCCCAGCCCCAGGGGUUCGCUCGCCCUCCCGGAGCCCUCCCGACGCAAGGGCCUUUCGCCCAGGCGCCGGGACGCGGAUCCGCCGCGGGCCAGGUCUCGCAGUUCUUUUAUUCGCGUCAGAGUCCACCCUCGCCGGCGUCCGGCGCCGUGGAAGCCAACAAAACCGCGCCGGCCGGCGACGCCGCGAUUGCGCCUCGGGAGGGCGAAGACGCGAGGAGUGUCGCCUACGCGGCGCCCACGUCGCAGAGCCCGGGAUCCACCGGCUUCUCAGGGCGAGGCCCUGUUGCCGCUUCGGGUGCGUCAAAUGGAGGGGGGAGUGGAUCCGCAGGGACAGGAGACACGACUGGCUUCUUCAGGCCAGGCGACGGCGGCUCGGAGGCCGGGACCGCAAACUCUGGAGCCCAGAACGCGCCGGCGGGGACAGGAGCGAGUGGACCGGCCGGCGGGGCGCCGGGCCAGCCGGGUGGAAGUCAAGCCGCGGACUACAGUCAGGUGUAUCGACAGCAGUUUCAGGGACAAGGUGGGUUGGUGUGCGCCGUCCCUGCGCAGUUCUUCGGAGCCGCGCCGCACCCCUCUCAGGGUGCGCCCUGCGAACAGGCUGGGCCUUCUGUCUCCUUCCCGCCUGCGGGGGCCUUCUACCCGCCCGCACGAGGGCCUGGAGCCCCACGCGCCGGGAGUGGCCCCCGGGCCGGAGACAGCGACCCUGCGACCGCGGCCGCGACGUUCUGUAGGCAAACCAGCCAGGCGAACUUCAAGGGCUGGCUGCGUGUAAGUUCGACGGAUUUCGAGCGUGAACAAGGGAGAGCAAAGAGUGAAGGCCGAACAAGAAACGAGGAAGAGUGAAGCAG